AUGCGGCUGAAAGAAAAGACUGAAAGACUAGCAACGCUUCUAGCUGCCUAUAUAAAAGAAGACAUGGAUUCCCUUAAGAGAUCAGGUAUAGAGGAGGAGUAUGAUGAAAGGGAGCAGCUACUGCAGGAAAUAAGGGAGUUGAAGAAUGAGGCUGAGAAUGUGAAAAAGGAGAAGAAGGCAGACAAGGCCGCAAAAAAGGAAAAGGAAGAGUGUCAAGGUGAAGAAAUUCGUCGGAAGGCAAUGGAGGGCAUGACAAAAAAUCCAACACCAACGAAGAAAGCCAAGUUUGAUGUGGGUGAUUAUUUGGAGAGGAAGGCGGACAUUGAGGAAAGGAGGCUUUCCCUUGAGGAGAAGAAGCAAGAGGCUGAGAGGGAGGAGAGGAGGGUUUCAUGGAGGCCCUUCUCAAAUUCUGUAACAAAUAGUCAGAUGAAAUAA